AUGAAUCAUGUAAACAGUGUACAACGCAACAUUAAUUCUCAAAUUCAAACGAUAACUGACCGUCUCUGUGGUCUCGAGGGACAGGCGGCUAGAUUGUCUGCUGUGGAAAACAAACUUCAAUUUACCACUCUAAACUCCCCUGCUUUUUCUCUAGCACUGCCAACCGAAAACAUUUCUCAGAUACCAUCCACCUCAUUUAAUAUACUCUCCUCUACGACAAUGCCGAAUGUCUCUCAGCACAAUGUUCCCCCUCAACAUUCUAUCUCAUCAAUCCCUGUAGCUCAACCCAGCCAGGUUGUGCCACAUCACGGUUGUAGUUUGUUAAACAACGCUUCCUAUACUUCAGGUGUCUCUCUGGAUCCCACUAGGAUACCUAAGUAUGACGGACCACUAUCACCACUCCACCCGGCUUCUUAG